AUGGUUGCCUUUCGAGUCAAACAAUGGCGACGGCAAACAAUUAAGUGCGCAUCAACUGCGCCUUGCACUGCCUCGUUCCGAACGAGGAUCAAUCAGGUACCCCGGAAGAGGCUGGUCAUCCAGAUCGCCGCACUGAGGCCCAAGAUGGCACACGAUCGCCUGUCAAGCCAAGUGUCCCACGAUGACUGGUCGUCUCGUUUGAUACCGGAUAGCCAGCCUCGUCGCGGCGUGAGCUCCCAACGUAAGGUGGCCGGGUCAUCUUUGUUCAUUGAGACCCACCUGCCAAUCAUAAAUGGCCCGUUCGAGAUAAGCCAUAAGCAUGGAGAUUCGAGCUCUGCGGGGUAUCGCAACAGGUCCAAACCUAGACCCCCGUCACGUUGUACGCUGCACAUCACCCCACGAGAUGUAUUGACGAUCUUCCGAGUGGGUGAGCACCCAGAUUGGUUGACGCGUUUGCAAACAGGGUCGAUAGAUUCGUCUGGAACCCGUGUCCAUGCGUCGCUCAAGACAAGGGAAGCAAGGAUCCCUGUUUGGUCACAUUCCUGCUAG